CAGUCGGCACACAUUUGCUUCCUAUUCUCGUCGCUUUGCCUGUUCAUCAAUGGUUGCCGUGUAUCGUUGCCAAUUUCCUGUCGUCGUCUUGAUUCUGCAGUGUCGGGCUGUAAGCUGGGUCUGCGUUUGAAUUUGCUGGACCGCGCCACUCCAACCAACGACCUCACGGGCUGUCCUCUGGCCACUCUCAAUUCAAGCAACUCCGUCACGAAAAGCCGCCCCCGUAUCGACAUUAGCCUCUGAAAUAGACCAAAGCAGGCUACAUUCAAUGGCAGAGUUCUCCUCGCUUACCACCAAGUUCCGCGCCAAUCUGGACAGCCAGCAAUCAGGCGGGCACAAAAUCAGCAAACGAAACCGACAGCCCGUAUCCUGCUUCAACUGUAGGAUCAAAAAAUUGAGGUGCGACAAGGGCCAUCCAUGCGAGACAUGCGUCAAGCGGGGCGACGAGUCUAGCUGCGUAUACGGCAACAUUCCUUUGCCCAAGUCGUCCGAUCCAAGCUCCGCCAACGGCACGAACACAGCUCAUGCGGCGAAUAAACGAGGACAAGCCCAGGAUAGGCUGCGGCAUUUGGAGCAACUCGUCAUGCAAAUGGUCGGCAAUACGACGAGCGCACAGUCUUCGCAAGACUCGGAAGCCGCUGCCAGCCCUGGCUCUGCACUUGACAUCGACACGUCGACUGCCAGCAUCGCAAAGGAAGGACACCUCCAGUACGGCUCCUCGGAAUCGCGCUACGUCGGUUCGACGCACUGGUCCGCAAUCCUGGAAAGCAUCCAAGAACUCAAGUCUGCGCUUUCGAGUGGCAGCAACGGCCAAGGGGGCGGCCCAUCAGCCACCGAGUUCGAUGAAAGCGACGACAUCGAACCACAGGAGAUAGAGGGCCUGUUCGGUUCGACGAGCCAUCUCUCCCUCCCCCAGAUCCUGUCUCAGGCCCUUCCUCCACGACUGCAAGUCGACCGUCGCCUGUCCACCUACUUUAACAGUCGAUAUCUGGUCAUUCCCUUCAUCCAUACGACACAAUUCCGAAGACAAUACGAUCAAUUUUGGCGCACACCACUGGAGAUGUCCCCCCUCUGGAUCUCCAUACUAUUCUCCAUCUGCUGCAUGUCUGCCACCUUGUCUGAAGCUGUAGGCUCCGAGCCUUCCACACCGGAGGAUCAACUAAGUCCGCGCAUGAGUUUUCUCAACGCUGCCUGUCAAUGUCUCCGCCUUGGCGGAUUUGUUCGGCCCAAACGCUACGUGGUGGAAGCUCUGGGUCUGUAUGCCCAAUGCAAAUACAUGGCCACGCUCGACCCGUCGCGGGAAGUCAGCAUCAUAUUCCCCAUCCUGGUGCGACUCGCUUACCGAAGUGGCUACCAUCGCGAUCCUUCCCAAUUUCCUCAUUUCUCGGUGUUUGAAGGUGAAAUGCGGCGGCGCAUGUGGGCGAUGUGUCUGCAAUUCGACCUCAUGGUAUCCUUCCAACUCGGCCUGCCAAACCAGAUCCCGCCCAGUAGUUGGGACACGUUACCUCCGUCGAACCUGCUCGACAGCGAUUUCGACGAGCACAGUACGGCCCUACGACAAUCCCGACCGGAGGAAGAAGCGACGCAAAUACUGUAUUUCAUUGUCAAAACUCGCUUGAUGACUACGUUCGGGAAAGUCUGCUCGCACGCUCUCUCGUUUCGGGACUACUCGCAGCAGGAAGUCAUGGAUCUCGAUCGCGAAGUACGCGCCGUCUACGCCACUGUACCCAAGAUUUUACAUAUCCGUCCCAUGUCACAGUCCUUUGCCGAUCCCAGCUAUCUCAUCAUGGUGCGCACAAAUUGUGAAUUUCUCUACCAGAAAUCUCUCCUCGUGCUACACAGGAAGUAUAUGACACAAGGCACUCACCCAACCUCUACAAAAGUAUGCACGGACGCCGCCAUCGCGAUCACACGGCAUAUGCUGGAUCUGCACAAGGAGUUGAAGCCUGGGGGGCAGUUGUUCCAGGACCGCUGGAUGCUGAGUUCGUUCACGAUGAACGAUUUCUACCUGGCUGCAAUGGUCCUGUGUCUGGGGGUGAGCAUGUGGAGAAAAGCGAACCCAGGGAAGGGACUCGAGGAUUCUGGGGACGGCACGACGGUUGAGCAGUUCCAGCUUUUGAAGGCGGCAUAUGAGAUCUGCGAGGAACUGAGCCCGACGAGCAACGAGGCGAAAAGAGUGGCAGACGUCUUGAAGGUGGUGCUGGAUGAAAUCGCCAGCCCAGCUGCUGUCGCCCAAUCGACAUGGCCAGGCUCAAUUGGCUCCAACACAAGGGGUCUCGGGGGAGCGAUGUCGAACACCGAGCAACAAGGACAAAUACAAGAAUCCGCCACACUACCCUCAAAACAUCACCCGUUCAUGCAGCCGGGGCGCUUUAUGGGGUCGGCAAUGUUCCCGAUGCAGUACGACUUCACCCUCGUCCCGCUGACACUACAAGAUCAACAAGACCGUGAAGGGUUUUCGGAUUACCCAUCAUCGUCAACGUCGUCUCAGAACCAGCAGGGUCAGAACCAAGGCGGGAGUGGUGGCUACUUCACGCCGGCGUUCAACAACUCCAGUGUCAACGACAGCAGCGCACCGCUGAAUCCGAACCUGCGUCUCAUGCCGGGCCUUCAGAACCCGGGCCUCGGACCGAACCCGUUCAUGAGUUUCCUUCCCUUCAGCGCGGCGUAUCCCCCGCCGACACCGACUCUAGACCCAGCGAUUGCGGCUGCGGCUGCGGCGACGGGGACAUCCUCUUCCUCUGACGUUGCCGAGGAGAUGGCAGCCAAUGGCUCCAUGCCAAUGAACUUGGACAUCGACUGGGCGUUCCUCGACCAGUGGAUGGCGCUGCCGAACCCGGACAUCCUGUCUCUGAGCGAGGCUGCGCCUCCGUCGCAAGUUACUGCAUUGAAUCCGAUCCCUCAGCACCCUCUGGCCUGGAGACCUGGAUCCCCGCCCGGGCAGCCAGAUGCAAGCACCAACCACCACCACCAUCAACUCCAACAUCAAGAUGCCAGAGGUGCAGCCGCAGGCGGACUCGACAAGACCACCACCACCACCCCGGCGACACACUGGAUGAGCACGCCCUACCGCUUCCUCGGCGGCGAGCCGCGAGAGGGACUUGACCACAUCACCGGCGCGGCCGACACGCCGAUGAUGGACGCCGGCGAAUCCGGUGGCGGGGGCGGUGGUCGGGGCGGAAGCGAGCGCCGCAGCGGCGCGGGCGUCAACGGCGCGAACACCACUGGCUCCUCCGGACGACAAGCUACCACCGGCGACAUGGCGCCGUAUAUGGGACACGUCGUCGGGUACUGAGAGAGACAUCCCCAAGGUGGCGGAAGCGCCACGCCCAUGUAUGUAACCAAUUUAUAUGAGAAUGCACGGGGGACUUGCGCUCAUCGUUUCGAACGAGCGCUACGCAAGUGUUUACAACAAGACAGGAACGACUUUUGGAGGGUUCUUGCACUUGGGAGUGCCAUAAGACAAAAAGGCGGAAACUCUUGUGGCCUUGGUUGUAAAACUUCCAUCUAGGAUUUUGGAUGGAUAAUCUCCUCAUUUUUCUGAUUUCUUCAUCAACGUACCCCUCUUGAUCUUGCUCGUUAAAAGGUCGAGGAUAAACCCGCAAAGAUAUCGUGACUUUGAGAUACACAAU